GAACGAGCGCUACGUCGGCCGGCACGCUCCAACGUUGAACACGACAGAAGACUCUCGUUCUUCCUCGAGUAGUAGUCAGUCGAGCUCUGACAAUCGCUUCGAGCAGUCAGAGACUACUACUACUACUACUGUGCGUUGAACUGCCACGAGAAAUAGAAGUUUCAAGAGAAAGAUAGAGACAGACCUAGUGGACAAGAAGACGAUCUUUCAAUUUUUUCUCAAUUUUGUCUGUUAAGAGGCAGAGAGAGAGAGAGAGAGAGAGAGAGAGGGUGAGAGGGAGAGAGAGGAGCAGAGAGAAAUCAGAGAGAGAUCAGAGAGAGAGAGAGAGAGAGAGACAAGAUCAGAUCAAGCAAACUCCUGCAGACUUUUUCUAUUUCUACAUCUUCGAUAUUCGUGAUCACAGUGUUAGAAGAGACUCAUCUCAUCUUUACGUUUUAAAUACACUUGGAUUAAACAGUGCAGUGUGCUUCUCCGAUUCUUCGAAUCGAGCCUAUUUUCCUUCCUUUUCAACACUCCGUUGAAAUUCUGUGAUAAGUCGAGAUGGUGACCGGAGUGGGUGCUACGAUGCCGACCGGCGGCGUCACCGUGGGCGCCACGCCGCCCACGCAACACGUACCUCAGGAAGCCGGACAACCACCCGCGCAAACUGCCACGACUACGACUACUACGAGAAGAUCCGGAGAAAAUCGACGGAGCAAUAAACCGAUUAUGGAGAAAAGACGCCGUGCCCGCAUCAAUAACUGUCUAAACGACCUGAAGACCCUUAUUCUCGAUGCCAUGAAAAAAGACCCAGCAAGACAUUCGAAAUUAGAAAAGGCGGACAUCCUUGAGAUGACGGUGAAACAUCUGGAAACGUUACAACGUCAACAGGUAGCCUUAGCCGCAGCGACGGAUCCAAACGUUUUGAACAAAUUCCGUGCAGGCUUUACGGAGUGUGCCGGCGAAGUUGGCAGGUUUCCCGGAUUGGACGCAUCGGUAAAGAGACGUCUAAUGGCCCACUUGGCGUCAUGCCUAGGGCCAGUGGAAACAAGUAACAAUCCUGGUCAAACGACGACGACGACGAGUACAACGACGACGGCUAAUCAACAGCCGGUUCAACCUGCACCACCGACUACUCAAUUGCAAGUGCAUAUUCUGCCGCAAGUAGAUACAACGCCGAGAAUUCAGGUGCAACAAUCUAAUGGGAUUUUCUUUACCAAUGCGAACGGCACGGGUUUGCAAUUGGUUCCAACGAGACUACCGAACGGUGAUAUCGCGUUGGUUUUACCCGCCGGUGCUAAGGCAACACCAGUGACGUCACCAUCAUCCUCACCAGCACCUAGUUCGCCUUUACCUACUCUCAUACCGAUUCCACAAAGAACGGCCAGCACCGCAUCAGCUUCCUCGUCGUCCUCUUCCUCCGUCGGCUCGACCUCAACCUCGGCAGCAAGCCCAGUCGCUUUCGAAGCACCUCCAGCAGCUUUCCGCGAACAACAACCACCUACCAACGUCUACGUAACCGGCAAUAGUCACCGGGAUGUCGCUACCUCUCCCGCUAAUGGUUAUACCAGCGAUCCAGAGUUCGAUCCUCGUGUCUAUAGUCCGCCUCUUCAAAAACCACUUGCUCUCGUGAUGAGAAAAAGCGUCAUGCCCGAGCUCGAAGACAAACCAUGGAGGCCGUGGUAAAGUGCCGAUCAGUGACGAACUUUUGUGCUAUUUCGUUUGACUUUUCUCGACGAACGGACAUGUUCCUUGCGCUUGCGCACGCUUAUCUUUCUUUUCUUAUUCCCCGUACGUGAGUUCUUGUUGAUCAAUCGUACGUGGACAUUGAGUCGAAUGUCGAUGAAUUUUGCGCGAGUGCGUGUGAUAAACUGUCGAACAAACAAGGCGGUGCCUUAUCUAGUGCCUUACGAGUAAUACACGUACCACGUUAAUGUGUCCUAUCGAAUUCGUUGAUACGAAUCAAUAGGCGCAGAAAAAAAAUGAUUAAUUUUCGUUUCGCGAUGAGUUUAGAGAAUUCUUAAGUCUUUUUUAUUUUGUUUUUUUCUUUUCGUGUACAUACCUUUUAGAAAUAGAAUCGUAUUUUUAAGUGCCUUACACAGCAAGAUCACCGAAGUCUUCCAUUCUGUUUAAUUACGUUUUUUCUCCUAUUUCCCCUUUACUUAUUUUUCUUCUACUUAUUCCUCAUCUUCUUUUUCUCUCUCUAUUUUCUUCUUCUCCUUCUUUUUUUUCCUUUAUUAAAUUAUACAUAACUCUAGCGUUAUUGGCACCUAAUCGAGGAGAUACGGUGCCAAUCGACAACCACGACUCUGUAGAUUUAUUAUGUGAAAACUAAAAAUGAUCGUGAUAAUAUGUAGUACGAUCGAGCCGGAUAAAGAACUGCGAUUGUAUGUGUGCGUGUGUACGAUCCUAUUUAUAUUUGUAUUUAAGUGCAAAGAUGUUGAAUUUAUAAUUAUCUUCUAUUUGUCAAAAUAGAGAAAAAGCUGACGCUUAUUAUUGCAAGAGUAUCAAAUAAAUAUUGAUCUCUUUCGUAAACAUUA